AUGACAUAUUCUAAUUUGAUGAACGAAAGCAAUGAUGGAAUAUAUUUUGAAAAAGCUCUCAACGAAUCUUUCCUGGAGCAAAUGUUAUUCACAGACAACAGCACCAACUCCACCAGCUGCACCAACAUCACACUGGACCCCCAGGUCAUUGCAGUCGGGGUCUUUCUAUCCAUGUUCAUAUUGGUGGCUAUCGUUGGGAACAUUUUGGUUAUCCUCUCGGUGCUGUGCAAUAGACACUUACAGACCGUAACGAACUUCUUUAUAGUCAACCUGGCCAUAGCGGACUUGCUAUUGAGCAUUAUUGUGCUUCCUUUCUCCGCGUCUUUGGAAGUGCUGGGAUGCUGGGUGUUCGGCCGGGUCUUUUGCAACAUCUGGGCAGCGGUGGAUGUUCUCUGCUGCACCGCGUCCAUCCUCAGCCUCUGUGUCAUCUCCAUAGACAGGUACAUCGGGGUCAAACACUGCCUCAAAUACCCCACCAUCAUGACGGAGAAGAAAGCCGCCGUCAUUCUGGUGUUGGUCUGGGUCUCCUCCAUGGUCAUUUCCAUAGGACCGCUGCUGGGAUGGAAGGAACCGCCGCCGACGGACGAGAGCGUCUGCAGCAUCACCGAAGAACCGGGCUAUGCCCUCUUCUCCUCGCUCUUUUCCUUCUACCUCCCGCUUAUGGUCAUCCUAGUGAUGUAUUUCAGGGUCUACGUGGUGGCCAGGAGGACUACCAAGAGUUUAGAAGCGGGGGUCAAACGGGAAAGAAAUAAGUCGAUAGAAGUGGUGCUUAGGAUACACUGUCGGAGCAUGCUGGAGGAUACUUCCAAGAGUAAAAACCACCCGUUCCGGAGUUCGCUGUCCGUGCGCUUGAUGAAGUUCUCCCGGGAGAAGAAGGCUGCCAAAACGCUGGCGAUUGUCGUCGGGAUGUUCAUCCUGUGUUGGCUACCGUUUUUCUUUGUUUUACCACUGGGUUCCUUCUUCCCGGCACUGAAGCCAUCUGACAUGGUCUUUAAGGUCAUCUUCUGGCUGGGCUACUUCAACAGCUGCAUUAACCCUGUCAUCUACCCGUGCUCCAGCAAAGAGUUCCAGCGCGCCUUCACCCGCCUCCUCCGCUGCCAGUGCCACCGCCGCCGCCGGGUCCUGCGGCGCUUCUACAACCAGCGCUGGCGCACGGCCGUCAAGGGCCACCACCACCAGGGCAUAGGUGGCAGGGAAAUGGAUACGAUGGGUAUCGGCAAUGCCAGGGUGACAGACUGCCGACCGGGUUACACCAUCAACCACGAGUCGUGCGGGAGCUCGCACUACCACAAGGGUACUAAAGGACCUUCGCUGAGUUUUAAAGGGUGGAGCCUGUUCCCGCCGCUACAAAAGUCAUCGUUCCAGCUCAAAGAGAAGAUGAACAAUCUGUCCAAUAAGAUUAAGGGAGGUCCGGGCGGGAAGGGAGGCGUCACGGCCCCCGCCCUGGCGAGGACUGAGAUAGACACGGUUUCCAUGGGGAUUUACAACGAGGUCGCCGAGCAGAGCUGCUAUCAGAUCUAUGACCUCACGGAGUGCUACGGCCUGAAGGAGACAGACAUCUAG